CGGGCGAUGGCUCACACAAAGAAGGGUGGCGAGAAGGGCCGUUCUGCCAUCAACGAGGUAGUGACCCGAGAACACACCAUCAACAUCCACAAGCGCCUCCAUGGAGUAGGCUUCAAGAAGCGUGCCUCUAGGGCACUCAAAGAAAUCCAGAAAUUUGCCGUGAAGGAGAUAAGGACUCCAGGUGUGUGCACUGAUACCAGGCUCGAUAAAGCCGUCUGGGCCAAAGGAAUAAGGAAUGUUCCAUACUGUAUCCGUGUACGUUUGUCCAGAAAACACAAUGAGGAUGAGGACUCAUCAAACAAGCUCUACACAGUGGUAACUUACAUACCUGUUACCACAUUCAAAAAUCUACAGACAGUCAAUGUGGAUGAGAACUAA